CCUUGUCUCCACCAGUACCACACCGACGCCUCUCUCAUGUUUAUAGAAGGCAUUCGUCAUUUACAAGAUAAAACUUUGUCAACAUUUCAUCUGAUUGACUUCAACUAGAUCUCUGGAAGAAUGUAAGCUAGUGCUGAUAUGUCGGCCUUGAAUGAAUCUCGUUCAACUGGAUCUGUGAGAAGGCCAUCUGUUAGAGAAGUAGUGCCAGCAAAUCCUAGCACCGCAGAAGAAAUAAUUCGGAUCAGGGGACAGUUGCUCGGCAACGUCCAUUCCUCCCCCGCAACUACAGAGCAGACUUUAAGAGCUCCCCGGCCUAACUUUAUCUCAGCUGACAAUGUGAAUACACUGCCUUUUAUAGUGCUAAGUGAGACACCUAACCUGCGAGCGAUACACCAGGAACACCAGCAGUUAAACCAGGAAAAUGAAAGAGUUGGCAAUUUGGAAGUAAGGCAGGGCCAUUUGUUGCCCAGUGCUUUCAAGGAAAGUUUUCAAGAAAGUAACAGUGUAGCUGUUUCCAUGGCAACUCUAGAAACCAGUGCUCACUCUAAUGAGGAGCAAGAAAUUGAGGAAAUAGAUAGGAAGUUCUAUGAUAGUGGAGUUGAUGAUGCCAAGACAUUUCCUAUGCUACCUACAGUCUUGCGAAGAAAAUCUGAUCAUGUUGCCAAGAAAGGCCGUCAGUCUAUGUCGGUUCAGUCGCUGCCAGAUUUGUGCCGCAUCCAGUCCAAUUUUAGUGCAGCAACCUUCUGGGUGGGCACCACAGAUCCUGAUGUUGUCAUAGGUAUUCUGGACAUGUACUCAGAAAUAGAUGUUGUCUACAUGUCUCCAAAACUGCCUCCAACAGCGCCCGACUAUUCACCUUACUAUAUGCAUAUGGUGUUACCUGGAUGUGUAGAUGUCAUGAAUUACUGUGUGGUUGGACGCCAAUCUGUCGUGCGUUACAUUAAUGGGAAACAACCACACAGAAUGUCAACCAAGCGAUGGGCGUUUGAACAGAAAGUUACUGUAAAACUGAGAAACAACAAGUUCUUUAAGAAUUUCAGACUGAUAAAGGCAUUUAAUGCGUAA